CUUCUCAAUAGUCGGAAAAGGUACAUAUGUAUACAGUAUGCCCCGUGCCUGCAAAAGUGACGUGCGCAGGAGUGUGGGUGUAGUGUUUGUGUAUGACUGCGUACGUGUGCGUCGCACUAGUCCGCGUCGGAGGUGCUCCAGCGCCAGACCAGGGGGAGCUGCGCACCUGCGUAUCGAGGCCCCAGGCAUGUCGAGGAACAAACAAGCGCUCAGGCCACGCAGUGUGCCGAGAAAAUGGGGCAAGGAGACCCAGGCAUCAAGCAUCAAUCAUUCAUGGUAAAGAUCGUCAAGAGAUUCCCAUUCGUACCUCGAAUAAUGCAGCAGCGGCGUGGGCGAUUGCGGCGUAUCAAAACUUUGCUUGAUGCACAACCUUGGCUUCGGAAGGUAUACAGAGCCCCCCCCACCC